CUGCUCUUCGCCCAUGCGCGGUGUGAGACGCGUAUGUAACAUGGCGGUGUGAGCGCGCGGCCUGGUUCUAUGUGCAUGAGAUUCCCGCGGUCAUCAUUCAAACAAUCUAAUCAGUGUGUGUGACGCGAACGGUUGGCGGGAAACGGUGUAAGUUGAGCUGUGAUGGCCAAGCGGAUUGCAGAAAAAGAGUUGACAGACAGGAACUGGGAUCAGGAGGAUGAAGGAGAAGAGGCUGGAACGUUUUCAAUUGCGAGUGAUGAUGUCAUGAAAAACCGCGCCAUCAAGAAGGCCAAGCGGCGUAACGUUGCAGAGGGAGAGAGUGGAGGGGCUUUCAAAGCGUUUAAGGGGUUUUCUCUGGCUCCAGCCACAGCGACGGCUUCAUUCUCUGGCUUCGGCAAUGGUGCUGGCUUCAAACCCAUGUCCAGCCUGACCAAUGGCAGCGUGGCAUCAGUGGCUCCGUCAUUCACAGGUUUCAACGUUCCUGCGUCUGCUAAAACUAACAGUGGUCCUUUAACAUUCAGCAGCUCCGCCCCCUCCAAGCCCACUGACAGUGACGUCACCUCCAACGGCUCCGCCCCCAGCAGUAAAGAGUACAACCGGCAGCUCACAGCGCUGAACUGCUCCGUGCGCGACUGGAUCACCAAACACGUCAACGACAACCCAUUGUGCGACCUCAACCCCAUCUUCCGGGACUACGAGCGUCACCUGGCCAGCAUCGAGAGGAAAUACGGCAGCGGGGCGGCAGACGGAGCGCCGGAGAAGCCGCUGGCGUCCUGUGCUGCAGCUCCGCAAACCUUCUCCCUUAAAAACAAGGACGACAAACCUCCUGCAGAAAAACCAGCGGCUCCUCCAGGAGUCUCUUUUAAUUUCGGCCAGAAGGUGGACAGCUCUGUGCUCGGGGCGCUGUCGUCCGGUGGAACACCGUCUUUCUCCUUCUCCUCUUCAUCUUCUUCUGCUGUGUUUGGGUCGGCUGUCAGUAGCGUCACUCCUGCGGUCAACUCCGACAGCAACAGCCAGACUGCAGAUGAGAACGGGGAGGACUCGGAGGAGCCGCCGGUGCCUGUGGUGAAGGAGAUCAAGGAGAAAGACGCUUUCUACUCCAAAAAGUGUAAGCUGUUCUACAAGAAAGACGGAGAGUUUAAGGAGAAGGGCGUCGGGACGCUGCAUCUGAAGAUGACCAGCGAGAGCAAACUCCAGCUGCUAGUGCGCGCAGACACCAACCUGGGGAACAUCCUGCUGAACAUCAUGGUGCCCUCCUCCAUGCCCUGCUCACGAACUGGCAAAAACAAUGUGAUGGUGGUGUGUGUGCCAAACCCUCCCGUGGACGACAAGAACCCCAGCGUGCCCGUCCCAAUGCUGAUCCGCGUCAAAACAGCCGAGGACGCCGACCAACUGCACCGACUCCUGCAGGAGAAGAAAGCCUAAAUCACCUUCUGUGUGUGUGUGUAUACAGUACAUAUGUGCGUGUGACUGAUUGUGGCCCACACACACACCCCCACCCCAGCAGCACACACCCCCGUCCAUCCAUCCAUCCGUCUGUCUGUCUGAUCUAGAACUGUUCUCACUCUGCAUCCCGUUAUUGGUCUGGGAAGCCGCGGCUUCAGCGAAUUACUGUGAAAGAAGAAGGGUUUGAUAGUGCAAACAGGAGUCUGGAUUCAUCAACAUUCCUCUGAGUUUUAAUUGAGCUGCUAUUAAAGGAGUCCUGCGAGGUGUAGACGGAGACCUGAGUCUGACUGGGUUUUGUUUUAUGAUUUUCAAGAUCUGUACAGCUUUUCCUGCUCGUCUAGAGGUCAGUAUUACAUCCAUUCGCCUCUCUAAUUCACCGAUUGAUUUUUGGGGAUCACCGAACUGGAGUCAAAGUAGAUUUCCGAGAGCGAACGCCGAGGUUAAGUCUGUUUUCCCUGCGUUUCUCAGUAGGGUGGUAUUUAUUUUCGGGAUGAGGGAUUGAGUGUGGCGUACACCGAGUGACCAGGUUUGAGGAUGAAUGCUGGUUUAAAGGCAAUCUUUCUGGUUGUUUUCCCCCUGUAAGUGGCCUUUUUAACGCCUUACACCAUGAGGUAUACGUGUUUUAAGUGUUGAGCAGCUGUAGAUCUACUUUACAUUCAUUUACUGGUGAAUAAAUGGAGUGAAUCUGA